AUGGGGUUGCUUCGGGAUUGGAGUUCCGCGCGGCAAAACAAGGUGAUCGCGCCGCUGGAUGAUGGAAGUGUCUGCAUUUGGGAUCUCAAUCAUUCACAUUCGAUCGGGUCGCAGAGUACUAAAGGCAAUAUUCUGGGUGUCAGCGAGCCGGGCAUCCUCAUGGCCGAUAUUUCCCGGAAGAAGCAGAAUUCCGCGGCAAAGCUGGCGCUGGAGUUUAUCAAUCUGGGCGAGUGUGUGAGUGUGGAUUCUAUGCGGCGCAGAGCGUAUUUGGCUGUCGGGAAUGUUCUCAAUGAAGUGGAUUUGGAGACGCUCCGGGUUGUCUCGCAGCAACGGUAUCCUUGGUCCGUGUUUGCUCUGUCCCAGGAGACGGAUUACUCGGUGCCGUUGACGUUGGCUACAACGCUGAGUAUGCACAUAUAUGAUGGCAGAAUGUCGGCAGUCGAGGAAGAAGAGGCCAUUCAUUCCCGGUGCGAAAAGUCAAAGCCGUCUCUCGUUCCCGAAUCCCAGCUCUUCGCGCCUCCAGACUCGCCGCUGCUUCAGCUCCAGCCAAACGGCCAACCCCCUCGUCGCAUACGAAGUCCGGAUCCGUCGGAGCCCGUCGACAAUUACGCGCCGCUAUUUCAGCCAGGCCCGCUUUCGCUUUUGCAUCCUCCAGCUCCGCAUCUGAAUUCUAUAUUCCUUGCAGGUCGUUUCCCGAGCAUACUACAAUAUGACAGGCGUUUCUUCCCUCGACUGCAGAGCACCAUUCAUUCUGGCGGUCGCUUGUGCGGGCUGGCUGCGGUUCCUGCGCCGCGAUUCCCCGUUGUUUCCGAUUCGUCAUGGCCAAGCUCACAUCAGGUCGUAGCCUGCGGAGAGUAUAAGGGUCGCGGUUCCCUGGAACUAUACAACUUGACCCCGUCCACCCGGAAUGUGGGAGAUGACCCAUCAGACUGGUCAUCUAAUAUGGCACUGGUGCACCAGAAUCGACAGAGCGCGGCCAGCUCGAAGGUGCUGUCCGUUGAAUCUCACGGCACGCGGAUUGUCUAUUCUGACGGAGACGGCAAUGUCAAAUGGACCGAGCGGGACGGCCGGUCCGAAAUCCGUCGUUUUAACAUCAACACGUACAAGCCGCGUGGGAAGCCCACACUGCCUUCUACCUCCAUUGACCAGGGACCUGAUUCUAUCAUGACAGAGCAGGACGACGGCGAGACCGGCGGCCUGUGGGGCAAUUCUCGCUCUCGCAGCGACGGGGAAGUGGCUCGCAAGAUACUUCCCACUGGAGGAAACCUGACAGGGGACGAGCUUCUCAUUUGGACGGGAGAGCGCAUCGGCCGGGCCAAGUUUUCCGACGUUCCUAUUACCGAGGAAGAGGAAGAGGAAGACGACGAAGACCUGAGUAUAGACGGAGAAAUGGACGACGCGACACGCGAGGAGGUGCGCAAGAAUAGACGCGAGCAUCGACGUCGAGAUGAAGAAUACUCCCGUAUGAUGCGCCGCGCGCUGGAACGACAGGCCGAUGAAGUACGGCGGACUGGCGGAAUGGGAUUGUAA